UUUUAGCUUGGUUUUUCGUCUGCCGAAAUACAAUUUUAUUUAUUAUUAGAAUUGUUGACAAAGGGAAGUAUUCAUUCAAUUAAUAAAUGAAACAAAUAUAAUGGCAGAUUCGCAGUUUUGUUUGGAGUGGGACUCCCACAACAAAAACAUUUGUAAUGGCUUAAGUUCUCUACAGCAGAGUGGAGAGUUUGUGGACAUGACGCUGGCCGCCGACGGCCACCACGUGAAAGUCCACCAGAUGGUGAUGGCGCUUGCCAGCCCGUAUAUUAAGGAUCUCAUCUCUACGGCCAACUGUCCGCAUCCUGUUAUAUUCUUAAAUAAAGUAUCGUACAAGACACUAUGUUCAAUACUGGAGUACAUCUACACGGGACAAGCGUUGGUAGCAGUCGAUGACAUCAGUGAUCUAAUCAUUGCCGCUAAAGAGCUUCACAUUAAAGGACUGGAGGAUGUGAAAGCAGCAGGCGGCACCCCAAUGGUAUCAGAAGUCGAAGUAGAAUGUGAAGUGCCAAAAGAGGUUCCAGAAAUACAAAUCAAACUCCAACGACCCGACACAUCCACCCCGCAAUUCUCCGCUUUACAAAAUCUGAAACGAAAACUUGAAAACAACAAGCCUCUAUCCAGUAUGCCGUUAAGAAAAAGAGUUUUACUAAAUAAAGAGACGGAAAACAAAGAUAUGCCCACGUUAGAGCAGGAUGGGAAAGAAAAGGAGGCUGGUUACGAUGACCCGUUGGAUAUGGAUGACCGGGAUGAUUAUGAUGAUGAUGAUGAUGAUAGAGAACAGGACACAACGGUGGCAGUUAGUAAACCUUCAACGGAGAACCCGCAAAGCCAAAACGUGUCAUUGCAAUACACGCUAUCGAACCAAGGCGGGGCGCAACUGAUCCUAAACCGGUACUUGUACGCAGAAGCGUACCAAUAUGCGGACAGUCGGCGGAAGUGGAAAUGCAUCGACAAUAGAGAACGGAAGUGCCCGGCUAAAGUCGUCACGAAGAACAAUAUGGUUGUGCGGAGAAUCAGCGCUCACACGCACAUUUUUCACGACCAGAAGAUCUUGAGGAAAGUGCGAGCUGGCUGCGUCUACAGCGCUCUCAGAGACGCUGAACAGAAAUCCGCAGAAAUAAAGUCGGAAAUUUACUCUAAUGUACAGUCAACCAAUCAGAACCCUAAGCCACAGUAGAACUAUGUCACAAUGACGUGAAUAAAUCAGAUUGUAAGAAAUGUCUCACUGUUUGUAAUUUUGACAUGGUGGUAGCGUGGCCUAGGGUUCCAAUUUUAGGUUUCUCCUCCACGAUACAGGAGGCCUAGUGUGGAGGUCAGUCUAAUGUACCACUGACUAAAUUUUAUUGCCAAAUAAACAAUUUUGUUUUCCCCUCACUAGCUCGGAA